UGAAAAAUGACUGAAAGUAAAGUCUCUUAUAUACCCUUAGAGAUCUGGCUAAUCAUUAUCAAAUAUCUACAACCUCAAGAUGUACUAAAUUCUGCAAGUACCUGUCGCGAUUGGUAUAAGCCUCUUACAAACCAAAUACUUUGGCAAGAAGUGUAUAAAGCUAUUCUUCCAGAAUAUGCAACCGACCAUUUCUGUAUCACCGACAUGGUUAAAAAUGUCAAACGAUUGGAUAUUAACCUUCUGGAUGGUAGCGAGCCCACAUAUCUCCAUUGCUGGCCGGAGUCUUUUAAACAGCGAACAGUAUAUCUGCAACAUAUAAUACAUGUUCAGAGUAAGGCUGUGAAAGCACUUCGAGAGAACACUCAGACUUUUGAAAAGGAUAUCAAAGCCCCAAUCCUUGACAUGGUUAGGAUCAAGGAAAUGGAAGAUUCUGCCAAAUCAGCACUGCCAAUUGAUCUAGUCAUCUUCAUGUACUAUUUCGCACAUCAUCUACCCGUUAUCCAGCCUGAAACGAUGGAGGAGGGUAUCCUGCCACUCGCCUCUGGUGAGCAAUUUGAAACAACGUACGAUUGGCUCAAGCUGUAUGAUAAAUUCAACGUUCGACGUUACAUGCGAUCCCGUCCUAGGACACCUGCAUAUCGCUUACAGAAGGUCUCUCCUGCUACCAUGAAAUACAUGCUUCAAUUCAAUUUUGCUCCUUUCGCACAAGUGGAUGAAUACGAAUGCGAUGAUGUUAGAGCUGGUCUUAGCGUCAUGCUUAGCAAGAACAAUGAACCUCCUGCUGAUUUACCACCAUACGCCGCGACCGAAGGCUAUGAAAUUAACCUGGAAAAAACGGUGAAUAGUAUCGGAAAAGUCUUCUUCAUUUAUUCACAGUAUUGCGGAUAUAUGGUGCAGUAUCUUGCCGAAAGCUUCACUGACUAUCUCAUGCAAUACACUGGUACUGCUUUAAAGUAUGGAGAGGUACCACAAUAUGAAGAAGCAGGAGUUGCUGAUCUGCACGUUGAUCUCCCAAGAGAUCAAAGUCCGCGAACGUCCAUUCUGUUACCUCAGCCUAUAGACUGCUGGGAUAUUAGCAGUUACUUCCCUACAUAUUUCACCCAAGAACAUAAUACCAUAAGUCAUUUUUCUUGGAAGAAGUUACACUUUAAGAAUGUCGAAUAAACUAGACUAUAACUAAUCUUUC